ACUCAUAGUCUAGCAACAUGAGUUGUUCUUGCUCUAGAGAGUUCUUCCAACUUCAAUCUCUUUGUCUAGCCGACAUAGUAUGUUCUCCACAAUUCUAGAAUAAUCAUUGUAUUCAUGAUCCUUCUAGAAUUGUGUAGACACAAAUGAACAUUAUUUUUCAACAGAUCUCAUUUAGAAUCUCCUCUAAUUUCAAAGAAAUGAAAACGUAGAGCUUUUUGUAAAGCUAAAGCUUCAACAUGCAAAAACAUAUCAUUUAUAGAGAAAUCAGGACCAAGUCAAGAUGAUACGCGCCAACUCCUCCUUCAGCCAAAGAUGUUACCAUUUCUGAAGAAAUUGAUUAUUUUAAAACCACGAUUCCAGUGCUAUAGCUACUGAGAGGACUUUCCUAUAGGAGGAAAAUUAUGGGAGCUUCAUCUUGACCCUCCGAGGAGAAAUUCAUGGAACCGCCAUUGUCAAGGCUCCAGGGUAAUAAUAACAGCUACCAUCAGGUCCAGUUGAGAUAGAACAUGUCAUGAGAUUUCCCUAACACAGCUCACUGAAAAUCAACAAGUUUAUUGAAGUUUAGACUAAGGGGAGACUUGUUAAAAUGCUUGCUUUCUUUCUUUCCUUUCUUUGUUUCUAUUUAUGAUUAUAGUUUUAGUUUUCAUAAUUAGGUUAGGGAUGGUUUCUCUCCCAUUUGCAAUAGUCAUAUAUAAAAAGUGCGUAGUUUCUUUCAAUUAUGCAAUUUGCCAGCUGCAACCUGAGAAAGUUAGUUUUAACCUUCUUAUCUUUCCCAGGACUUUUUUGGUGGUCAUGACAGUGUCUGCAUGUGCACCUGUCACUCUUGCUCAACAUUUACAUAUAAAUUUUUUUCCUUAACCAUAGUUGAGAGAUAUCCCUUAACUGAAGUAGACUGAUAUGUAUAAUAUUAAAUACUUAUGAAUUCGCGCUCUGCAUAAACCAUGUAAUUUCCCAGAUGUCAUUUGCUUUUGUUUCUUUUAGCUGAUUAUAACAUCUUGGGACUUAUCGCUAAAUGCUUAUAGAGGGCAUAUUUCAUCUGUUUGCUUCUUUAUAUAUAUAUAUGUAGUCCAAAGAUGAUAAAACAAAGCAAAGGUUUUGGAACAUUAAUAUAAAAUCAUCAUUUUCUAUAGCCGGCCUUGUUAUCAAAUCAUCAUCAUGGAAACCCCACACGGAUUCAACGAUUAGAAUAGUUUCAGUUUGGUCAAAGAAUGGACUUACCGAACUGUUCUUUACCAUGAGCUUUCCGUCUAAUGAAAUCCAUAUCUUGUCAUGUGUAAUCUAAUUUGUGCGAUUACAGAACAUUUGGGAGUUUGUUGAAUGCUUUUUAUAAUUCCAUUGUAAUAUAUCUCCUGAUUAAUGUCGAGUUACCAGAGUGCACCGUCAUCAAAUAGUGGAGAGACAGCAGUUAUUGCCAUAGGUUUGGUAGUCCUCUUAGUGAAGAUCGUUAUCGUGAUUGUCAUAUGCCAGAAAAGAAGUCAGAAAGGCAGCUCUGUUAAUCCCGACUUUCAGACACUCACAAUGGAUAAGUUUCUAAAUGAUAUGGAAAGAGAGAAGCCCAUCAGGUUCACUUCUCAACAACUUCGGAUUGCAACUGAUAACUUCACCAACUUGUUGGGGCAAGGAGGUUUUGGUGCAGUUUAUAAAGGGAUAUUUAGUAAUGGAACCCUUGUAGCGGUGAAGGUUCUAAAUGGGAGCUCAGACAAGAGAAUUGAGGAACAAUUUAUGGCGGAAGUUAGUACAAUUGGAAGAAUUCAUCAUUUCAAUCUAGUCCGUCUUCAUGGUUUAUGCUUUGAGAAACACCUCAGAGCACUUGUUUAUGAGUACAUGCGAAAUGGAUCGCUUGACAAGUUCUUAUUUCAUAGGAACAAGGACUUAGGAUUUGAAAAGCUUCAUGAAAUAGCGGUGGGGACAGCGAGAGGGAUUGCUUACUUGCAUGAAGAAUGCCAACAACGAAUAGUCCAUUACGAUAUAAAGCCUGAAAAUAUUCUUUUGGACGCAAAUUUCUUUCCAAAAGUAGCUGAUUUCGGUUUGGCUAAGCUCUGUAACAGGGAUAAUACUCAUAUAACCAUGACUGGGGGGAGAGGCACUCCUGGUUAUGCUGCACCUGAAGUAUGGAUGCGGUUUCCUAUAACACACAAAUGUGAUGUUUACAGCUUUGGGAUGCUAUUGUUUGAGAUCAUUGGCAGGAGAAGGAAUCUUGAUAUUAAUAUUCAAGACAGCCAAGACUGGUUCCCAAGGUGGGUUUGGAAGAAGUUUGAGCCUGGAGAACUAGGAGAGAUAAUGGUUGUUUGCGGAAUAGAGGAGAAAGAUAAAGAGAGGGCUGAGAGAAUUGUAAAGGUUGCUAUUUGGUGUGUCCAGUAUAUGCCUGAGGCAAGGCCUUCGAUGAGUGUUGUGGUGAAAAUGUUGGAAGGAGCUAUUGAGAUUCCUAGACCUUCAACUAACCCGUUUCAGCACUUGAUGUCGGAUACUCCAUACCCAACUGCACCUGUCUAUGAUACUUCAAAUGGAACAUAUAGCACUAGCGCUUUCGGUUCAGAUCCCUCACGAACAGUAACUGGAUACAGCGUUGUACAUGGAACUCCUAUCAUGAGGAAAUAUGAAAUUGAAAUAGCGUCUACCUAGGCAGGCUGAAGUACAUUCCUCACUCUCUCUGUGUCUCUCUCUGUUCUUGCAAUAGGUCAUAAAAACAUCUCCUUCUGCACAUCAUAGUGCUUCUUCAUAUAUCAUAGCAUUAAGUUAAGGGUUAAAGUUAUAUCUGUCUGGAAUGAAUAAAAAGUUCGUAAAUUUUAUAGAACUGAUUACAAUAUAUUGAUGUGAUUCCAAAA